AUGUCGGAAUCUCAGCUGGAUCCUCAAACGGAUCCUACUCUUCUCGACGAUCCAGCCUCUGGCAGCGAGCUUCCUCCGCUUCCUCCGAUCUCGAGUGAAGGGACAGAGACACCUACGAUACCGGCGAUAAGUCCUGAACUCGCCGUUCCGGACCCUGCUUCGACGACGACGACGACGACGACGACUACGACUACGACAACACCAGCCACUACGUUUACAGCUUCAGCGCCAGUUCCUCAAGCUCCUCCUCCUCUUCCUCCCGCCCCGGCGCCAUAUAAUCAUAAUGUUGCAGAUCCAGCGCCUGGGCCAGCAGCACCGGCGCAGAUUUCCUCGUUCUCGACGAUGCCAGCUCCUCUAUCGUCGAUGGCAUCGUCCCAGCCGCCGCCCGAAGUCUCCUCGCCCAAUCCACAGGCAAUGCAGGCGCAGGCGCCAAUUGGCGCUCCGGUGUCGCCUGUUAUGUCUUCAAUGUCCCCCAUGGGACAGUACGCCUCGUCGUAUUCGCCAGGCAUGGCGCAACUGGGCAUGCAAGGCGGACAGAUGAGCUAUCAGCUCCCCGGCAACGCACGAUCGCGAGCGCACCAGCGCGAAGUCAAGCGACGAACGAAAACAGGCUGUUUGACGUGCCGCAAACGCAGAAUAAAGUGCGACGAAGGUCACCCGGUCUGCCGAAAUUGCGUCAAGAGCAAACGCGAGUGUUUGGGCUACGACCCUGUCUUUCGACAACAAACAACCCCGUCUGAGAUCCGACCGGCCAGCAGCUCGCAGCCCGCGCUUAUUCAAGAAAACCAUAACCCCUACCCCUCUGCGCCGCCCGGAUACGUCCCCGCUGCCUCGCAGCCUUUCGCGCCGUCGGUCCAGUCGGACUCCUCGGUGAAGUCGUUUGACCUGCCGAACAACCACCAAAGCACUGUCGAGCCUUCCGUAGCAGAGAGCGACACCAUGUCAGCUCUGGCAAGCGUUCAAGAUACCAUCGACGGGUCGAUUUCCCAGCCGGCAGGAACUCCGUCAACCAUAACAACGCCGGCGCUGAUGCCGCCUUCAGGACAAGUCGGCAAGCAAGAGAAGGUGAAGAUCCAGGAUCUACUGGCGCUCCAAGGCAUUGCGCCGCCAUCUCCAUAUCCUAUCGUUCCGAUACAACAAACUCGUUUAGACCAGAUACAGACGGUUUACCUCCACACGUACGCGCCGGCCAUCGACCGGUUCUUGGAAACGCGGUGGUUUCGAGACAAGGGCUUGUCGCAGCUAUUGACCAAUGCCCAGCUUAUGGCGCAAUACUCGGCGCUGAUUGAUGCCUUUAGCGAUCCCAAAAUUUCCGAGCCCGCUGUCAGAGGACGAGUGGAAAGUUUCGAGGCAUCUGUGGUGUGGGACACCAUGUCCAUUUGUCGCUCAGCGCGUCAUUUGGUGCGCAACGGAAAUCCGGAGCCUAUGCAAGAAUACGACCUGUUGACGACGGCCAACCGAUUCGAUGUUCUCGAGGCUCUCAUUACUGAUGACUACCUUAAAGAAAACCCAUUGCAAGAGGACCUUGCCCGCGAACCACCACCAAAUCCAAAUUCUUUACAAGAUCAGUUGCGACGACGGUCCUUUAAUUUCUGGGAUUGCAUUGGUCACUUCCUCACGCUUCACGAUAUUGAGGCAUCCUCAGCGGUGGAGAUCGACGAAACAUUGACUCGCUGUCGUGGCCUUCUCGACCAGAUCGAGAAUCGCGACGUGGUCUAUUCGAUUGCCAUUGGGCGCCAUCUUGGGCAACGGUUGUCGGAUUACCCUCGCAACAGACCUGAAAACUCCAGCGACGAGCGGAAUACCAACACAAAACUUCUCGUCGCCCAGCGAUUCAUCGAGGAAGAAUCAAAAGACAAAGGUACCACACAGGUCGUCAAGCGUCUUUGCGGCAUGGUCAACAGGCUAUGGGAAUUGAAGAGUAUAUUACUACCGCGUAUAUGA